CAGACUCAACUAAGCCUCCCGAAGAAUUUGGACAGGGUUAAAAGGAACUCCCCAUCAUGCACAGCAGUUUCCAGUUCCCAAGAGAGGCUGAAGCCUCAAGGAGAAGCUGCUUGGAACUUGGAUGGUCCUUCGGACAAAGAAAACUCUGGCCAGCAAUGAUCUUGGCAGCUUAUUUUCUAGGUUCAUCUUGCAUUGCAGUGGCUCAAACUGUGAACACUUAUAUUGGUGUCAGAACAGAACCCUCCAGACCUUUGGUGGGGAGGGAAGUCACCUUAACCCCAGUAGGAAGCAUGGAAAACGUCUCUCUCUGCUGGUGGUACCGAGGUCCCAUUCACAAGAAGAAUGAAAUCUUGACCUAUCAAACAUCCCCCAUUCUUAGAGUCAGUUACAGCCAGGCUCAUACAGGGCGCGAGCAGAUACAGCUGGAUUGCUCUCUGAGCAUCACAAAUUUAACGUUCAGGGACAGCGGCUUCUAUGUGAUCCUGAAAAAAAGAACGGUCCCAAACACCUAUGAAAAGGGGGAAGUGCUGUUACAGAUCAAAGAGUCUUCCAGAAAGGACGUAGAGGCUAAGAAUAUCACACUCACUGGAAAGGAAACAGCAGGAGUAGUUGUGGGUACUUUGCUGGGAUUCAUUACUAUUGUAGGCCUGGUUUCAUACCGGAAGUUAAAAUCCCCUCCAAGGCAUCCUACUGAAACUUAUGCCCUAUAAUUCUGGGCAGAACGAAGGCUCAGGAAAUUAUUUGGAUAUCCUGUUUGGAAGAGAGAGAGAGAGA